UUUAUUUUCCAAAACUUUUCUGUGAACUCAACUGAAUCUAAUUAUGCCAAAAUCAAAUUAUGAACUACUGCAAACGGCCAAAUUUUCUAUACGAUCACCGCGCAACCGGAAUGCGAAACGUGUCCAGCAGGAGUUGGUCAGAGCUAGCGAAAGGAAAAGCCGCUCUCGGAAAACAGUGAUCGAACGGUGUUUGAAAGCUGCGAAUCAACGUAUUGCAAAAGUUGCCCAAAACUUCCUACCCCAGCAUGAUGAAAGUAUUCAAAAUGCUGUUGAUUUGUUCAUUACAAGUGAACUUCAAAAAAUGGCAAUGUCCGUGAAAGAUAUACGGAAUAAUACUAGUCUGAUUCAAACAAGCAUUCAGAAGUUUUUCGAUCAACCUCUUGCUACUCAGCAGCAAUUUGUGAAGGCAUCGAUUCUGUCGCAAGCCAACAGAGCCAAGACUCAUUCCGAUCCAUUUCUGAUAUUUUUGGACCUUCACAAAAAGCAAUCAAAGUCGAAAAGACGGUCAGAUUCAGCUGAAAUUGGACCGUUUGUCGUGAACCUCGAACAGGCUGAAUCUGGCGAACAAGCAGAUCCGACUCGGUUUCGACUCGAAGAUCAACAGCAUUUCGUUUCCACUGCAAAACAACUUUGGAACCGUAUGAGUCCAGAUUUGAAAUUACCGUUUUUUGUGCAGGCAUUCCUUGUGACACAUUUUCCCGAAUCACUGGAUCACGCGUUAUGAAAUAGCGAAGAUUUUUGGUGCCUAAUAUUGACACUAGUUUAA